AUGUCUGCUUGUAUAUCUUGGAGAACUUAUGACGAACAGUACAAAUUAUCCGAACUACUUACGGAUGCUGCCCGUGCGUGUGUAGAUGUGCAUGCGUCAGAGCCCAAGGAAUACCUUGCUUCGUACUUUGUGAAGGCAUGUCGGGGUGAUGCAGUGGAGGAACUCUACUGCGAACCGCUUCUGACUCCCGAAGGUGAGGUCGGUGUUGGACUGCAUCUGCGGCUCUUUACGAAUGUGGAAGCGCACACAGCCACGACGCGGAUUGGUCCUCAAUCACAGGGUGCAGAGCGUGAUGAGGGCGCCAUUGCUGCAAAUUCUAGCCAUACCGAUCAUCAUGUAAUCGCGCUUAAUUUCAUAGAGCACCUGGCACACGAUUUUCUUCCGCAGCUUCAACAAAUCGGGUGCAGCGCGCAGGAGGAGUGGGAUGCGGUUGUCGUAAAAGGCAAGGAUACCGUUACCUGGCCUUCACACGUACUCAGUCUGGCAGCAGCUAUUGCAGCCGCAAAGAGUAUGCGCCUUUCGCUGUAUCAGCAUAUCCGUGCCCUUUACCUGAAGACGCUGCUCGCUGAAGACAUUAUAAACUGCAAUCCAGUUACCCUUGAUGCGGACGCACUGUUUUUCAUGCCGCAGCUUGUGAUUCCCUUCUUCGGGAGUGUGUUGGAUCGGCACACGGCGACGGGUUCCAUUUACAUCCACACACUCUACCUCCUCCCUGGCGUAUCAGCCACCUCUGUAUCAGAUAUAAAGCGCGACCGUGUAGUGAGCGCAGAGCUAUUAUGUAAAAUAGGGUCUGCUUACCGAGUGUUAGCAAAGCGUCGCGGCACCAACACAAGUUCUCAUGCCACUGUGGCCUUGCCAACAGUACGUGAGGAUGGUGCGUACAUCCUGGAUUGCCCUUUAGAAAGUGUAGUAGAUGCGGUUGCCCUGGCCAGCGAGGUACUGCAACAGGUAGGUAUCAAACCCGGCAAGGAGGUGUGCUUUGGAGUGCGCUUGCAAUGCCCCAAGGUGCAGCGCAGCGUACCGGAAGGAAGCACUGGGACGAUCUUUGCCACCCAUGGACUUAAGGAAGCAUCUAUCGGGAAGAAGCAAGUCUCUAGCGGUCCCCGGAAGAAACCUUUUCACCACUCUGCGGGGGGAACCCCCGACAUCAUGUACUCGCUCCACCCGGGUGAUACCGACGUGACGGGCGCACAGGUAGCCUUAUACCUGAGCCAACAGGUCGAGAAAGCGGGUGGGACGCUGGUGUAUCUUGAAGACACCCACACCGCCCAGGAUGAAGAAGGACUGCAUCGCUUGCAGGGUAUACUUAAGGAGCAGUAUGACUGGAAGGGGAUAGUGUCCGGGUAUGGCCUUUACGACUGCCAAGACAAGCAAUACGACCUUGAGGAACGAAUUUCAGCUGGAAUUCAGCGCGUCUGGUCGCAGAAUCUUGCGCUCUGCCCAGACACCGUCGGCUCGAUUACACGGUUAAUGCGUUUGGGCCAGACCAUCCGCAUGGGGGGGCGAGCGAUCAGUAUGGUGCAGGUGCCUCACGUGCGGCCCGCGGAGGCGGUGGUGGAUCUAGCCGUAGGAACUGGCACUUCUUUUUUGAUUCUUAGCAGUCUUCAACUUCCUUCUGCAUGCGAGGUGGUUUCGCGAUUUCUGUCGAUGCAGUCUUCUCUUCUUCGAGCCCGAAGCCUAGGUGAGCCACCAGCGUGGGGAAUUUUCUUCCCAAAGGAUUUACCGGCUGUGCCUAAAGAUAUUGUUAUCCCUGAAAUACGACGGAAAAAUGAUAAAAAAAGGAAGGCCGGUAAGUAA